UUGUUCGUGUCAGCUAGGGAGCAGGGACAUGUAAAACAACUUGUGCACCACUAUAUAACUAGCAGCAGCCACCUAGCUCCUGGUCCAAGUGCAGUAGCAGUGCACGGUUAGCGUUCACAAGCUCCCAAAUAAGCAGAAGGUAACAAUGGCAGAACAGCACAAAGAAUCAACAAACACGGCAGCAGCCUCCGAUGGCCUUCCGGCCGCCGUCGCGCCGCGGAAGAAGGGCAACGUCCGGUUCGCCUUCGCCUUCGCCAUCUUGGCCUCCAUGACCUCCAUCCUCCUCGGCUACGACAUCGGGGUGAUGAGCGGCGCGGCGCUGUUCAUCAAGGAGGACCUCAAGAUCUCGGACGUCGAGGUGGAGGUCCUGCUGGGCAUCCUCAACCUCUACUCGCUCUUCGGCUCCUUCGCGGCGGGGCGCACCUCCGACUGGAUCGGCCGCCGGCUCACCAUCAUCCUCGCCGCCGUCAUCUUCUUCGUCGGCGCCCUCAUGAUGGGCUUCUCGGUCAACUACCCGAUGCUCAUGGCCGGCAGGUUCGUCGCCGGCAUCGGCGUGGGCUACGCGCUCAUGAUCGCGCCCGUCUACACGGCGGAGGUCUCGCCGGCGUCGUCGCGGGGCUUCCUCACCUCCUUCCCCGAGGUGUUCAUCAACCUCGGCAUCCUCCUCGGCUACGUCUCCAACUACGCCUUCUCCCACCUGAGCUUGAAGCUCGGCUGGCGCCUCAUGCUCGGCGUCGGCGCCGCGCCUUCGGUCGUCCUCGCGCUCAUGGUGCUGGGCUUGCCCGAGUCGCCGCGGUGGCUGGUCAUGAAGGGCCGCCUCGCCGACGCGAGAGCGGUGCUCGACAAGACCUCCGACACGCCGGAGGAGGCGGCCCUGCGCCUCGCCGACAUCAAGGAGGCGGCCGGCAUCCCGGCCGACGCCGACGGGGACGUCGUCGCCGUGGCCAAAAGGGCCGGCGGCGAGAAGCGCGUGUGGAAGGAGCUGAUCCUCUCCCCGCCACCGGGCGUCCGGCGCGUGCUCCUGUCGGCGCUCGGCAUCCACUUCUUCCAGCAGGCGUCGGGCAUCGACUCGGUGGUGCUCUACAGCCCGCGCGUGUUCCAGAGCGCCGGCAUCACCGACAAGAACAAGCUGCUCGGCACGACGUGCGCUGUCGGCGCGACCAAGACGCUCUUCAUCCUGGUGGCCACGUUCACGCUGGACCGCUUCGGCCGGCGGCCUCUCCUGCUGACGAGCACCGGGGGCAUGCUCGUCAGCCUCGUGGGCCUCGGGGCCGGGCUCACCGUCAUCGGCCACCACCCGGUGGGCACCACCAUCCCCUGGGCCAUCGGCGUCUGCAUCGCCUCCAUCCUCGGCGUGGUCGCCUUCUUCUCCAUCGGGCUGGGCCCCAUCACGUGGGUGUACAGCUCGGAGAUCUUCCCGCUGCACCUCCGGGCGCUCGGGUGCGCGCUGGGCGUGGGCUUGAACCGCGUCACGAGCGGGGUGAUCUCCAUGACCUUCCUGUCGCUCUCCAAGGGCAUCACCAUCGGGGGCAGCUUCUUCCUCUACGCGGGCAUCGCGUCGCUCGCCUGGGUCUUCUUCUUCACCUACCUCCCCGAGACACGCGGCCGCACGCUCGAGCAGAUGGGCGAGCUCUUCGGUAUCCCCAACAUGGCCGGCGACAGCUACAAGGAGCAGCAGUCUCCGGAGAAGGAGAAGAACAGCGUCGAGAUGUCAUCGACGGCCACUGGUGAUGUCAGAAACGAGUGAUGAAGCAGCAUUACUACUACGAGGCAGAGAAGGUUAUCUGAAGCAGGAUAAUGGCGAGUUGAGAGGAUUCGCGCAGCUGUAGCGGUGGCGAGAAAAGGACGCGUGGCAGACGCGCGCGAGCGAGAGACCUCCUCUUUUAGUGUUUGUUAAACUAGUAGACAGAGGAUGGCUUUCUUUUCUUUUCUGGCUUGUCGAUCUGUAUGGGUAAGCAGGGAAUUAUUGGACUUGCAGUUGUACGUGUGUGUUGAUGUGUGCCGUGUAAGCAAUAACUAGUGACGUAGUGCAAUAUGUUGUGUAUCAGUGACCCUGUGUAUGCUGUAUGCAUGCAUAUGGUGGUUGGAGAGACAUGUUGUCAGUUGCAUCAAGAAAAAAUAAUUUAUUCUCAGCCACUUCCUAUGAAAUCAGGGAUGUG